AUGACGGCCAAACAACUCGAGCAGGAGACUGGCUGCAAGAUUAUGGUCCGUGGAAAGGGCUCGAUGAGGGACAAAAAGAAGGAAGAGCUGAACCGCGGCAAGCCGAACUGGGAACAUCUGAAUGAGGAGCUCCAUGUUCUAAUCCAGGUGGAAGACACGCAGAACCGCGCCAAGGUCAAGCUGCAACGGGCCGUCGACGAGAUCAAGAAGCUGCUCGUGCCUGCGCCCGAAGGGGAAGAUGAGCUGAAGCGGAAGCAGUUGAUGGAGCUGGCCAUCAUCAACGGCACCUACCGCAGCACGUCACAGCAAAAUGCUGUUGUUGCAGCUCAGCUCGCCGCUGCCAAGCAGACCGGCAUGGCCGCAAUUCAAGCUGCUGCUCUUGCCCAGGCCCAGGGACGAAGCCUUCAGCUGCAGCUGGCUGGAGCUGGUGCGGCCGUCUCUGCAGGACAAAUUCGAUCCCCCGGUCUUGCCGGUGCCCCGAUCAUCAUGUCGCCCCAAGCUCGGCAAGUCGGAGCAAGUCAGGCGGCAUUGAUUGCCCAGCAACAAGCGCUCAACGCCGCAGCGACGUCCCAGAGCGCCGAAAACAACCUGAUGGCGCAUCACCAGGCCGCGCUGAUGGCGCAACAGCAACAAGCCGUUGACUAUCAGCAACUGCUGCUGGGCCAACAAGCAGCAAUGGGUUUGGAUGCGCAGACGCUGCAAGCCAUGCAGUUCGCACAGCAGCAGCAGUUGGCCGCCGCCGGAUACGGUGGAAUGCUGGGCCAAUAUAUGGGUGCCGAGUACGGGGUCCAGGACCUAACCGGAGCCGCCGCACAAAGCGCCCCAGGAGCGAUACUGCAACAGAGGCGCCUGCUCGGAAGUUCGCGGGACCAUCCCUACAAACAG